AUGGUUCUCGCUGUUGAUCUCCUCAACCCCAGCCCGGCCUCCGAGGCCCGCAAGCACAAGCUCAAGACCCUCGUGCCUGCUCCCCGCUCCUUUUUCAUGGAUGUCAAGUGCCCGGGCUGCUUUACCAUUACAACUGUCUUCUCGCACGCCCAGACUGUCGUCAUCUGCCAAGGCUGCACCAACGUGCUCUGCCAGCCGACUGGCGGUAAGGCUCGGCUCACUGAGGGCUGCUCCUUCCGGAGAAAGUAA